ACUAUUUUGGCCCAAAUCGAGGUGCUAUGAUUACUUAUAUCAGGAAGCUGAAGCACUUCUGAAAAACUUUCCAGUUCAAGCUACAAUUUCCUUUUAUGAAGACUCGGACAGUGAAGAUGAUGAAGAUGAGCUGGAAGAAGAUGCAAGAACAGAAUCAGAUUGCUGA